AUGACAGGACAGGAUUAAAUGAUAUAUGAUUUUAUGCUAAUUCUUACAGUAAUAUUACUUUGAUAAUUUAGCUUACCUAAUCCUUUUAGACGAUGAUUAAUUAAUAAGCUAAUUCACUACUGUUUACAAAUCAUUAAUCAGUAUCAUUCUACUAAUAAUACUAUUAUGGAUACCUCAAUUACCGAUCAAAUCAUAAUCAAGCCGUAGAAUUCUUGUACUUGCAUAGACAGCAUCUAAUGCAUUGUCUGCUUUCGAGGUGUCCAUGUAAACAGGAUGUACGUAAGUUGUCCGAAAAAGAAAUCAGUUAAAUCAUCAAUCUAUAUUACAAGAAUCUAUUAUCUUAGAAAUUCACUGAGGAGAAUGCACUCCAGUUUAUAUUGAUAUUGAUUGAUAUUUCCAAUAAUACAAUUCAAGCGCAUUAGACGAUAUUGAAUCAAAAGAAGAAUGUUUAGAAUGGGUAUGUAUUAGAAAUCUUUCAUUAUUUGGAAUAAGUGUUGCAAGAGAAGUUGAAGACAGAAAUGCAAUAGAAGUAACAAGUAAAAUUUAUUGAAGAAAUGAGAUUAUUGAAAUUUGAAGGCUUGAUUGUUCAAUAGGAAUUAUAGAAGGUAAUUAUGGAGAAAUACAAAUUUUACGAAUCGUUGAAGUUGCUGAGCAUUCAGAACUUUUAGAAACUUUACGAUUCCUUAUAUAGAUUGAAGGAGACAAUUCAAGAAUUAAUUAAAAAGAGUAGAGAUCUCAAAAUUUAUGAUAACAAAAAGUUAAACAACAUCUUUGCACUUCGUAUUUGUCAUUUGAUAUCUUUUCUGACUUAGAAUCUAAGAGAAUAAAUCGAUAAUUAAAUCAGAAUAGAUGAAAUAAUUUAGAAUGAAAUAUAUAGAGAAGAUGAAUUCACAAACAUAGCCUUUACCUCAAAUUUUGCAAUCAGUUUGGUUGCAUCAUUGAAUGAGAAAGAAUCAGGAGAAAUCACUUCAAAAAUAACAUCAAAAUAAUUAUAAUUUCUGGAAUUAGAUGAACAUUUCGUCCUUAAUUCAGUCUCUCAAAUACUACACCCUUCUUUUAGACCAUCUCAUAUAAAAUUGAUAGAUUAAUACUUACAAAAAGGAAAAUCGAAGAUCAUUGGAACCCAAAUUGAAAGCAUGAUCAGUCCAGAUGCAAAUACUAUAAUUCCCGUUAAAAUGAUCCUCUUUCCCUACUUCCCUAAAUAGAAUCUAAAUAAAUAUCAGUUGAUAACUUAUUUGUAUAAAAUUAAUUCAAAGAAUAAUGCUAUCAUUCUAUUGGAUUACAACUUUAAUCUUAUGUGUUCUGAUAACAAAUUCAAAUUAAUUAUCAAUUAGUCUUAAUUGUAACUAAACUAAAUUAAUGUAUUUUAGAUGAUUCCAUAACUAAGAGAGAACUUAAUUUAUUUUCACAGUUCACCAAAUAAUGCUAAACCUCUUUACUUUUAAAAUCAAAUCAUUUAGAUUAUGAGUCGUUUUAUGCGAUCAUCCAAUAGCAAGUCUUGCAAUAUCUGUAAUGACAUAGAUUUCUCUAAACAAAUAGAAAAACUAGAAUAAUAUAAUGUUGCUUCAGUCAAUUCAAUAUCAGUAGAUAAAAUUUCUUAAGUGGAUUAUGAAAUUUCUUUGUAAACCAUUUAAUAUGACACUGACGAUGCUUCGGAGUACUACAUUUAUUAUAGACUCCUCAUUGACUUGACCUAAUUUGACAACGAAUAAAAACAAUAAAUCCAGGAUCAUUUUGAGGACAAUAAAAAGGAGAUUAUCAAAAAGUAAUAUCAAUUCAAUAUAUUAGGAAAAGUAGGAGUAAAUCAAAAUAGAAUGACAACGUUAUAAAAUCAUUGCAUUCUAGACAAAGUACUGCUACUGUUGUUAAAUCAUCUGAUGACCUAUUGGUUUUUAUUUCUUAGAAAACACUUCCAACGGCAAUUAAACAAUUCAUGCUUCUUUCUUUGGUGAACAUGUGUAUAUCUAUCAUUGGGUUAGUUGUGAUCUAUAUCUUACUAUUGCAAAAGAGAAAUGAACAAGAUAUCUGUUUUAAUAGACUCUAUUAUGGGACUGAAUUCCUAGAUUAUUAUGGCAUCAUAUUGAAGGGCAGUCGACACACUGUUUUUUACAGAGAUUUUAAUAACUUCAUUCCCUAUAACCAAUCCAUUAAUGUUGAUCAAGACGUUUAAGUGUCCAUUACAACAAGUGAUAAAAUUCAGUUUACCUUAUGGAUUUACAAAGAAAAUUGUUAGAAUCUAAUCAAUUUAUAUGAAAAUUAUAAAACUGUCUUAAACAGUUACUAGGAAGAGAAACUAAUUGACUUUAAAUUCGUAGAUUAUUAAGUCUAUUCAAUUCAAACUUAAGUUAUUUAAACAUAGGCUGCUUACUAUGAAAUAAUGAAUUAACUAUUUUAUUUGGCUAUUAAAACAUUUGCUGGUGAUCCUUCUCUCUAUUUAAAAGGUACUUUAGAUACAUUCGCAUAAAUAAACACAAGAUCUAUCUUAUUUUUGAAUUUCAAUGAUGUUUGUGAUAUCACUUAACAAUUUAUAGAGACAUGUCUCUAAAACAGUUAGGAAUAUAACAAUGCUUUUGACAAUCAGGUUUAGAUUGUCUUUUAUAUCUUUUACAUAGGUAUUUUAGUGUUCUAUGCCAUGUUAAUUUUGACUCUUGCGCAAAUCAUUUACAAGAUUAAAUAGAUUUUGCAGAUCUUUUAACGAUUAGAUAAUCGAGAUAUUGAAGAUGAAUUGCAAAGACUUGAAUAUGUAUCUUAAAAUGUGAAAAAUGAAGAAUUUUGGUUCAAUAGUAAGUUUUUCUAGAGCUUCUAUGAAAUGAGUUAAGAUGUCUCAAAAACCCAAACUUAAGGCUCAUAAAAUAUAAAACUAGACGAUUAAUUCAAUCUACCUAUGUAUUAUAUAAUGUAAACAAUUAUUUUUGUUUUGUUGAUCAUCUAUUUUGUUAUCUUUUAAAUCUAAUACAACAACUACUCAAAUCAAAUAAAUCCAAUAGUGAAUACUGCAUUAUCAGGUAUACAAAUAAGAUUGCAGUUCAUUAAAUUUAUCAACAAUUGGGACUGUUACAAUUUCAAAACUUUCUAUAACUAUUAUAUCGAAGUUAAUGAGAAUACUCCAAAUAUCAAUGGGAAUAUUAGAGGCAAUAAUAAGAUUCUGUAAUUACUUGAAUUGGAUAAGAAUGAGAUACUUCAAUCCUAUCUAAAUUUAGUUUAGGAACCCUUCACAAGUAUCACUACAGAUCUGCCAGAUGAUGAAAAGGCUUCAUUGUUGUUAAAUGAUAUUUGUUUACUUGUAGGGUGUGAUGCACAAACUGAAUUGUUCAAACAGAGAUUUCUAGUAAAUGAUUUAAGUAAGUUUUUCGAUGUUGGACUAAUCCAAUUGUACUAACAAACAUUCUUGGCUACUCAGAAUUUGGGAUUGACUGAUAAAAAUGAAACAAAAUAGGAGUUUCUUAAUGAUUUUUUGGAUGUGUUGUUUUCAAGAGAAUACUUCAUGUAUAUAUAUUGGGGUUUAGAUGCUACCAAUUUCCAAUUAAGAUUGUUCUCUGAUUAUUUCAUCCAAAUAGCUAAAGAUGAACUAACAUCAGAGACUGAAAUGAUUGUUGUCUUAUUAUUUAGUUUAGGAAUCUUCAUAUCUAUGUUAUUGUUUAGUAUUAAUGGGUUGUUAAUCCACCAAAUUAUUAGCAAUUACUUUUCAAUAAGAUACUCAUUAAGAUUCAUUCCAAUGAAGGUGAUGAUCAAUAAAAAUAUCAUCAAGUAGAUUAAGUUAAUAAUAUGA